UCUAACAUAAUGGCUAGAAUACAUUUCCGUCUCUCCCCUUAAUAACUUCAUGCAUUAAUAGCCUUUUCACACACGCGCGCGCGCUCACACACACACGCACGCACGCACGCACGCGCGCGCGCGCGCGCAACCAGCAAAAGGAAAAAAAAAAAGAGGCAGCAGAAAUCUCAGCUGUACUUCCAGCCCUUUUAAAAAGUUUGCUCUGUAAAUUGGAAUGAGGUCAGAUUUGGAGCCUCUCAUUGCACGCGGAGAUUAUUAUUGCAUCGGGUUCCAAGCCAAUGGGAAGGGCGGGGGAGGGGCUUGGCACGAGGAAGCGUUAGUUACAGCGGCUGAUUGGCUGUGGCCGGGUCUGCGAAAGGAUAAAGCGGCGCGAGGCGGAAUUGGGGUCUGCUCUAAGCUGCAGCCAGGGAAACCGAGUGUGGGCCAGAAGGCUGUCUCCCUCCCGGGGCUCUAGUUCUUGCACGCUUUUUUUUUUUUUCCGCCCCCCCUCCUUUUUUUUAAAGAGUCUGCAGCGGAGGAACUCUGCGGGCACUAGCUCGCCUUCUUGCAGGAGGGGAGGGAGAAACAUCCAUUUAUUCAUGCCGGUCUGUUGCAUGCAAGCUUUUUGGCUUCUUCCCUUGCAACAAAAUAAUUGCACAAACUCCUUAGCGCCGAUUCCGCCCACAGAGAGUCCUGGAGCCAGAGGCGCCGUGGCUCUGCAGUGUAGGAAAGAGAGUUAAACCAUAGAAGCGAUGUGGCUUCCCUGAGCUCCCCGGCGCGCUCGGGAACCGAGACCCACCGCUUCAGGGGGAGGGAGAAAAGAAAAAAAAAAAAGAAAAAAAAGACUCGCCCGGGAGGCGGCGAGAAACUUGCCUUUGGAAGAAGCUCCGGCCACCGGCGUCGCGGCGAGAACCUCGGCGCCCGCACCCCGAGCCCCGCGGCGCGGCAAGCAGCACGGAGGGACGCGGAGCUCGGGCGGCGGGAGGCGGCCCGCAGCCGGGGGACCCUCGUCUCCGCGCCCCGGCCCGGCGUGCGCUCGGCCCCGGGGAGCCCGCAGGGCCCGGCGAUCGCGCCGCGAGGCUGUGAACGCGCGUGGGCGCCCGGCGAGCCAUGGUGCAGCAGACCAACAACGCGGAGAACACGGAAGCGCUGCUGGCCGGGGAGAGCUCGGACUCGGGCGCGGGCCUGGAGCUGGGCAUCGCGUCCUCCCCGACGCCCGGCUCCACCGCGUCCACCGGCGGCAAGGCGGACGACCCGAGCUGGUGCAAGACGCCCAGCGGCCACAUCAAGAGACCCAUGAACGCCUUCAUGGUGUGGUCGCAGAUCGAGAGGCGCAAGAUCAUGGAGCAGUCGCCCGACAUGCACAACGCCGAGAUCUCCAAGCGGCUGGGCAAACGCUGGAAGCUGCUCAAGGACAGCGACAAGAUCCCGUUCAUCCAGGAGGCGGAGCGGCUGCGCCUCAAGCACAUGGCUGACUAUCCCGACUACAAGUACCGGCCCAGGAAGAAGGUGAAGUCAGGCAACGCCGGCGCGGGCGCCGCGGCCGCGGCCGGGGCGGCCAAGGCCGGGGACAAGGGCGACAAGGUCGGGGGCAGCGGGAGCGGCCACGCGGGAGGCGCCGGCUCCAAGCCCGCGCCCAAGAAGAGCAGCGGUUCCAAAGUGGCGGGCGGCGCGGCCGGCAAGCCGCACUCCAAGCUCAGCCUGGCGGCCGGCAAGGCGUCCUCGGCCGCGCAAUUCUCCGCCGAGCAGGCCGCGCUGCUGCCCCUGGGGGACCCCCCGGCCGUCUACAAGGUGCGGACUCCCAGCGCGGCCUCCGCCGCCUCCUCCUCCUCCUCCGCGGGCGGCGGCGCGCUGACCGCCCCGGCCAAGCACCUGGCCGACAAGAAGGUGAAGCGUAUCUACCUGUUCGGGGGCCUGGGCGCCUCUGCGUCGCCCGUCGGGGGUCUGGGCACGGGCGCGGACCCCAGCGACCCCCUGGGGCUGUACGAGGAUGGCGGCGCCGGGUGCUCGCCCGACGGCCCGAGCCUGAGCGGCCGCAGCAGCGCAGCAUCCUCGCCCGCCGCCGGCCGCUCGCCCGCCGACCACCGCGGCUACGCCAGCCUGCGCGCAGCCUCGCCCGCCCCGUCCAGCGCGCCUUCGCACGCGUCGUCGUCGCACUCGUCGUCCUCGUCGUCGUCGUCGUCGUCCGGCUCCUCGUCGUCCGACGACGAGUUCGAAGACGACCUCCUGGACCUGAACCCCAGCUCAAACUUUGAGAGCAUGUCUCUGGGCAGCUUCAGCUCCUCGUCCGCGCUCGACCGGGACCUGGAUUUUAACUUCGAACCCGGCUCCGGCUCCCACUUCGAGUUCCCGGACUAUUGCACGCCCGAGGUGAGCGAGAUGAUCUCGGGAGACUGGCUGGAGUCCAGCAUCUCCAACCUGGUCUUCACCUACUGAAGGGCGCGCGCGCGCGGGGGGCCGGGGAGAAGGAGGGCCGUGGGGCAGGAGGAGGAGAGCGAGGAACACGAAAGAGGAAAAAAAGGAAAAAAAAAAAAAAAAAAGGAAAAGAACAGAUGGAGAGUGGAAAGGGGGGGGGAAGAAGAGGAGGAAGAGGAAGAAGAGAGUGGGCAGGGCUGGCUUCGCCCGUGUCCCGGCGUUGGAGAGAGGCCCGCGGGGGGCGCGGGUGACCCGCGCUCCCAUCCCCCACCCCUUGCUGGGGCUGCGGAGGAGGCGGAGGGUAGAUAGGGGCGACCUUUUAUUGUUGUUAUUGAUGUUGUCGAAGGCAAAGAAAAAAAAAAAAAGCUACUUGGAGUUUCCUCCCCCUUUUUGGCUUGAAGAGACUCCCCCCUCCCUUGCCAACGAGCUUCCGGACUUGGGGUGCUCUCCCCACCCCCAGCCAAAAAAGAAGCCGAGCUGAUCUGAUCCACCGGGGACCGAAGGAAUCUCGCCCCUCUCGCUCCACCACCGUGGUGAUUUCUUGUUUGGUUUUAUUUUGCUUCUUGGAAGGGGGGGGGGGAGCCAGCGCACCCCUCCCCUGCUCGCCCCUCCUUUUUUCUUUUUCUUUUUCUUUUUUCUUUUUCUCCAAUGCGUAAUGAAGACAGAAGGCCCCGGGGUGAUGCGUUUGGCCGUGGCAGAUGUGUUGGGGGGUGGGGAGAGCAUUGGCAAGGAGAGACUCCACGCUGGCGACCUGGUUGGGAUUUUUUUUUUUUUUUCUUUUCUUUUCUUUUCUUUUCUUUCCCUGCCCAGGAGGUGUACAUGGAGCCGCAGGCCAGCCUCGGAAACGAACUGAGGGCCUCUUUGGAAGCCACAGUAGCCGGGCAUGGGUUGGGGACGCUGAAGGACCCGGGGCGCAGAGGCCCCCAUCACCCUGCGGGGGAUCUGCACCAGGCUGAGGGUUGGGGCCCUGGGCCUUUACCUGGGGUCUCUGCAAAAGAGAAAAAAAAAAAAAAAAAUUCAGAGAGGUGAGGCUACCCAGAGCCGGAGGCGGGAGGACAGGAGACUGUGGGAUGUGGUCUAGGGGCCGUGGAGUGGUUUCGGGGGGAAAAAAAGAGGUUUUUUUCUUCUCUUAAUGGAAAUCGUGAUGGUGUUGAGUUAUUUCAUUGGUGGGGUUAAUAUAGCAUGUUAUCCUGUCUAUCUUUUGAAGAUUUCUGUAUAAGACUGUUGAGCAGUUUUUAAAAUAGUGUAGGGUAAUAUAAAAAGCGGAUAGAUGGCGCUCUGUUUGAUUCCUACAACGAAAUUAUCACCAGCUUCUUUUCAUUCUUAACUCUUUAAAGGAUUCAAACGCAACUCAAAUCUGUGCUGGACUUUUGAAAAAACACAAUUCAGGACCAAAUUUUUUCUCUGUGUGUUUUUAUUCCUUAUAGAUGUCAUUGAGAAGACCUUUUUUUUUUUUUUUCCCUCACCGACGCUCCAUUCUUUUAUUUUUUUUUUCCUUGUAAAUGUAAUCAGAUGCCAUUUUAUAUGUAGACAUAUUUAUACCGGCCAAACAUUUUUUUUUAAUUUUGUCCUUUUUUUCUUUCCUGUCUUUGACCUCAUUUUUCCUUUUAUAAGUUUAUCCUUUUAUCUUUUUUCUUUUUUUUUUCUUUUUUAAUUUUUUUUAAGUUGUUACCCACGCCAUUUUCCGUCUCCUUCACUGAAGGGCUAGAGUUUUAACUUUUAAUUUUUUAUAUUUAAAUGUAGACUUUUGACACUUUUAAAAAACAAAAAGACAAGAGAGAUGAAAACGUUUGAUUAUUUUCUCAGUGUAUUUUUGUAAAAAAUAUAUAAAGGGGGUGUUAAUCGGUGUAAAUCGCUGUUUGGAUUUCCUGAUUUUAUAAUAGGGUGGCUGGUUAAUAUCUCACACAGUUUAAAGAAUCAGCCCCUGAUUUCUCCAUGUUUACACUUCAAUCUGCAGGCUUCUUAAAGUGACAGUAUCCCUUAACCUGCCAUCAGUUUCUACCCUUCCACCCCCAGUCAGAUGGGGAGGAGAGUUCAGCCAAGCACUGUAAUGCUUUUAAGAAAUACAGAUUUUUAAACAAAAUGUUUUUAUGUCUGGAGGCUUUAAAACUGGUGCAUUUACAACAACAACAAAAAAGGGAUUCUGUAGCUUUAACUUGUAAACCACAUCUUUUUUGCACUUUUUUAUAAGCAAAAAUGUGCCGUUUAAACCACUGGAUCUAUCUAAAUGCCGAUUUGAGUUUGCGACACUAUGUACUGCGUUUUCAUUCCUGUAUUUGACUAUUUAAUCCUUUCUACUUGUCGCUAAAUAUAAUUGUUUUAGUCCUAUGGCAUGGUGAUAGGCUAUGUGUUCUGGUUUAUAGCUGUUGUGUUUAAAGAUUGAAAAAAAAAGUGGAAAACAUCUUUGUACAUUUAAGUCUGUAUUAUAAUAAGCAAAAAGAUUGUGUGUAUGUAUGUUUAAUAUAACAUGACAGGCACCAGGGACGCCUGCCUUUUGAAAGGCAGUUCCGUUAAGGGUUUUUGUUUUUAGCUUUUUUUUGCCAUCCAUCCUGUGCAAUAUGCUGUGUAGAAUAUUUGUCUUAAAAAUUCAAGGCCACAAAAAACAAUGUUUGGGGGAGAGGAAAAAAAAUCAUGCCAGCUAAUCGUGUCCAGUUCACUGCCUGUCAGAUUGUUGAUAUAUACCCUCUGUAAAUAACUUUUUUUGAGAAGGAAAUAAAAUCAGCUGGAACUGAACCC